GUGGUAGAGCCCAUGAUAGAACUCAACUAUUUUUUCGGGACGAAGCUGUUAUCUGCCGAUACAAGAUGUCUGUGAUGAAGAAAUAAAAUAGUCAGCAAUAUUGAUUUACUAUAAGCUUACAUGUAUGAAAUACCGAAAAGCAUUGGCUUCAAAGAUUUGAAGAGAAAUCCCUGACUGGGUGAAUGGACAUGAAUGAGUUGAACAACAAUGACAGUAUUUGGUAGAUGCGAACUAAAUGAUCAGUAGAUAUUACAGUAGAUAUUGCUUCACAGUCAAUAUACGGAUAUGGCAAAAAUGUAUUUAAUAAUAGUAGUGAAACAUUUGGACAUAUGAACACGAUAUACCUACCUUAUCAAAAUUCGUUUUUUGAACAAUCAAAACAUGGAGGCUGACAUUUUGAAAAUACCCGGAUCACAUGAAUAACUAAUCGAACAACUUAUUUGUAACAUUUUAACUUAUUUUCCCCGAAUAGUAUAUUAUAUAGUCCAGUAUGGUAUAGUUUUUAAAAGCAAUUAUAAUCUUAUGUGUUGGAUUAAAUGAUCUACAGAACAUAAGUAGACUCCAAUUAUACAAAUUAAAUAUUGUUGAUUGACUAGUUUUUCUGGUAUUGAAGUUGACCUAGAUUUUGAACCAAAUUUGAAGGAUCUAUAAAGUAAACAUGCCUAGAUGUUAAAGAUUGAUGAUGGUCCGUAAAAGUGAGCGUACCCCUCAGGCAAAAACGCGUAGCUAUUCUCCAACGUUUCAGCCCACUUUUAAACGCAAGAAAAAUAAGACGGCCAAAAGCAGGUCUAGCCAAACGAAGAAUGCAGUUGUUCGUCCAUAUGAUAAACUAGCUAAUGGUGAGCCGUUUAGUUGCAGUCUGUGCAAAUCUAGGUAUGUGUGUAACCCAAGGAAGCGGAAGAAUCCAGGCAAGCAAUCGAACCAUCAACCUACCCCUGUGGAGAGGGUGGACAAAACAACAGGGGAACUGCUUCUUUUGUGCAAUCGAUGUGGUCAUGCCCUUAUGGAACCACCAAGGAAGGUGAAGAAGACCUACCCAUUAGUUGAAAGCAAGGAGAAAUAUUUAGAUGAGGCUAGAACUUUUGCUUCUUCACUAGCUGAGGGACUUGAUGAUCCCGAUGCUGAAAGAUUGUCAUGUCCAAACUUCCAUGUACAGGGAUGUGGCUGUUUACAGAGAUAUAUCAUAGGAGAUGGCGAAUUGGAAGAAUCAAAGACACGAGCGAGUCAAUUGCUAUCUCUACUGAAACAUGCUAAAACACUAAGUGCUAAAAAAUUCUAUCCAGUCCCAGAGGUUCCUGAUUUGAAAAAGAAAGCGAGGCUUGUGAUAGGUUACGGAAAUGGUCAUCGUAAGUCGAAAGAAUUUGAAGAAUUUGUGAUCGAGAAGCGUAAAUAUCUGAGAGACGAGCUGAAGCUGUGUGAGAGGGCUGCUCAAAGAGUUCUAGUCUAUUCCAAUAACUUUUUGCACAAGAAAAUGAAAACAAACAAAGAGCGCCCAUAUAGAGGUUCAAGAGUAAAGGGCAAGGCAGCACUUGGGCAGCUUAAGCCAAUAGAAGACCUUAUUAAGCACAAGUGCUGUGUGGACAACUGUGUUAUGAUGACGCUAACCCACUCUUCUCUUCUUGAGGACUGGAGGCAGAGGGCGCAACAAGGUCAAUACGAGAUGAAGAAAGUACUCGCAGAGAUGCUAACUCCCUCUGGUGGUGUGCGUGUGAACUGUUAUCAGUUCAUCUCUUCUGUGGUUGGAUGUAGCAAUACGACAAUUACGAAAGUGGCCAAUCAUGUGAGACUAACUAGGGGAAGGCGUGAACCUCCACAACACGGACUACGCAAAUAUUGGGAAGCUAAGAAAAAAGCGACAAGUGGUAAAGGGACGAAACCUACAGGAUCAACAGCCACAAAGCCGUCUAACAAACCAGACACAGUAACAACAUUGACCAAAGCAAGCAAGAACAAGAAAAAUCUAGUCUCUCAGAACAAUGUUUUAAAUCAGAAAACCACGGCUGAUACGGGGGCAUCUGCAACAUUUACAGCUCUGCCAGGACCAGUGACAUGGGAUACACUUCGUAAUCAACAACUUCUACUACAGCUGCAAAAACAGCUGUCAAAUCAACAACAGCAGAUAAAAUCACAGCUGCAGCUCAUUGAUCAACAGCUGAUUGGACAACAGCUGCAGGCAUUACAGCAGGGUGGCCAAAUGUUGAAUGCAACUGGUGUGGUAGCUAGCACAUCUGGGAAGAAAUCCAGGGGGACAACAAAAGCACCAUGCACCAUGACAACGAUGCAGUCAAAUACCAGUCUAUUGGAGGUGCAACCUGCUCCUUCCCCCUUCCAGCCCCAAGCGCAGUAUGUUCCCGUUGUCCAGAAGCCAGCCUCCCACUUACAAAAGCAGUACCCCACCCUCAGCAACAGUAUAUUCAACUCAACCCAACCUCCAACUCACAUGGGUAAUCUAUCAAUAGACAAUACUCCAGGCCAAGGAUCUAUUACCCUAGUGGAGGACGGGGAAAGUGGAGGGACGAUAGAAAAUAUGUCGAUAAAUGUACAUGUAGAAGAUACAGCAGAUCUAGCAUCGCCCAUACAUGAGGGCUCUAUUCUACCCACCAACCGAGAAAGAAAGACACAUGACCAACAAACAAAUGACCAACAAAUUUCAGUUGAGCCAGUUUUAGUUAUGGGUGAAUCCACAUGUGAAAUGUCACAAAUUAUGGCCCAGCUAAAUGACAGCUCAGGUCCACCGCCAAAUGUUAAUAUAGCAGUUGUCGAAGCUGACGAGAAUGAGGUGAUAUCUGACCCACAGGGUUUAGAAACGAUAUUAAGAUCUCAGAAUAUUGCUCCAGGGACGUACACACUUUAUAUCCAACCCCCCGCUGAUGGUGAUAUAGACCAAAAUCUUGGCAGAGAGGUCGAGUUUGCUGGAGAAGAAACUUUAGUGGUGGCUGAAAGGAACUCUUCCAAUGAGGAGGAAGUCUUGGAGAUCGCUCGGGAUUCACCCGAUGCAACAGGAUUUUCCCAAGAAUUUCUCCAGCAAAUUUUAUUAACUCAAAAUGAAAAUGAGGCUGUGCAAACAUUGAAUGAUAAUCCUGUCAAACAAGGGAAUUAGGAUAAUUAACGAGAUUAAUUAAUUAAUUAAUAAUUUAACUAUAAAUGAUUGAAAACCUAGGUAAAAAAUGUAUUGUUUGCAUACUACUUAUAUGUAAUAUUGACGUACCUUUGAGUGCCACUGUUAUAAAAGUGAAUGUCAAAUAAAAAGUAAAUAAAUAAAUAAAUUGACAGUAGGUAUUUUUCCUUUACACCACCAGGUUAAUAAAUCGUAUCUAAUAGCAUGAGGCAAAGAAAAACUUAAAAACCUGAAUAAUAAUUUUCGUGUAACCUUUUUGGUGAGUUUGAUAAUUAUCCAAAAUAAAGUACAGUUAAACUUGUAUAAUCCGAACGCCAGUGGGACCAGCUUAAAGCGUUCAGAUUAGGAGG